GGCACCUAGAGGUGAGUGUUACCUGGAUACAACCAUAAACAGCACAGCACCUUUUACAGCCACCUAGAAGUCAAAAGAGUAAGCAAAGCCUAAGUGGUGUGAUGGCCAGCUCAAGCAAGGACAAUGAACCACAACCACAACCACCUACGCAGGCAGGUGGACCAAUUGAGGACGACAUAUAUUUUAUGGCUGUUGCCCUAAUGUUUGCUAAGAAGAGCCCUGAUCCUAACACAAAGGUGGGUGCAUGCAUUGUAAAUCAGAAAGGGAACAUUGUGGGUAUCGGCUAUAACAAAAUGCCCAACGGCUGUGAGGAUGAGUUCUCCUGGGAGCGUGGAGAACAUAAAGACCCGAAGAAAAAAUAUCUAUACGUGUGCCAUGCGGAGCUGAAUGCCAUCAUGAAUAAAACCUCCAUGGAUGUGAAAGGAUGCACCAUUUACGUCACUCUGUAUCCCUGUAACGAGUGCGCUAAACUCAUCAUCCAGUCAGGUAUAAAAGGAGUGGUUUAUUUGUCAAAUAAACACAAAGAUUAUAAUGAGACAAAAGCAGCUGUCAAACUGUUCCGCUCAGCAGGUAUUGAACCCAGACAGUUUCUGGCAAAACGUGAAGUCGCAGACUUUCUGGCGUCCAUCGAUCCCUUCGCUGAGUGAAUGAGGCUGGGGCUGCGCUCUUCACCACUGAAAUCCAUUCAGAUGUUACUGAAACAUUUAACUUUCCCAAAACACACACACAAAAAAAAUCCCGAUAUAUUCAAAAUGACUUCAAAUUUCUAAUUAACUGAAAGCUGAUUAACUACUGAAAUGUCAUUGAAAUCUACAAACUACUGAAAUACUGAAAUUCACUUUAAACAUUAUUGAAAAAGAUCAAUUAUAAAAACUUUUUUUUUUUUUUUUUUUUUUUAAAUCAAAAAUAAUCCUUACAGGAAUUUUAAACCUAGCCUUUUUCCCUCUGACAUCAUGCUAGCAGCUUCUGUGUUGUGUCUUAUUUAACUAGUGAGAGGUUUCUCAGUGCAUAUACACUUUCUUAUGUAAAGAAACUAUCGUUAAAUCAACUUAAAUCAUCUUUAGCUUUUCGGUGGGUGAAAAUUAAGAUAAUUAUAUUAACUAAUUCACUUUCUGCUUUCUGUAUUUUCUUUCAAACAAAUGAUUAUUAAAUAUUAUUAAUUACUGAGUGUUGAUUUGACCAAACUGAACAGCUGAAUUGAAUAGAUUUUAUUCAUCCUCAGUGGAUUUUAUUUAUUUUAUUCAGAUGUCUUUAAUAAACUACAUCCUGUGUAUAUAA